AUGCAUGGCUGUGAAGCUAAAGUUCAAAUUGAUUAUUUGCCUAAACUGCCGUUUAUUGCAACAUUGGAGGGCAAAAUUGUAAACAAUGCAAGUUUUCCGUGUUUGGCUGAAGAGAAUGUCUCCCUCAAAAAUAACAUAGCUCACAUUUACGAUUACAAUGGAACAUUUCGACAUAGUAAACUUACAAAAAACGACGAAGAUGACUUGAAUUACAUUGUGGAGAAGCCAGAAAAUCGAUUUGGUUACUAUUACGGGUUUAUUAUAAAUGUUAUUGAACAUAAGGAGACUGUAAUCGGACUCGACCACACAGGAUUGACAGACCAGUACAAGGGUUAUUUCUGGAAAAUGCAAUUUUUCCAAAAGAGCAUUUGUUAUCUGUCCGGCAUCUGCGCGGCUCCACCGACUCCUAAGGUUCCGGCAAUAACCACCACUACCACAACAACAACGAAGACGACUACAACAGCUGCUCCAACGACAACUACUACUUUUGCUCCAAUCACGCAGGCUUCAACCGCUAACGCCACGACAGCUUCACCUGGUAAUCUUUCAAAUGUCACAGUGCUACCGUUAAAUUCAACUAUCCAACCAUCCUCGUCAACUUCACCAUCAAGCCGAAUCACUGAUGCUACCGAACAUCCAGUGGAUUCUGAAAUGGGUAAGGAGUACGACGAGCAAUCAACAGAAGCAACGGAGCAUGAGGCUGAUGAAGACAAUACUGAUAAUGAUUUGGUGGUUAGUAUGGAUUUCUUGGAUGGAGUCGGGCACAGGAUCGGGAUUAUUGAACUCGUUACCUCCAUCGAGUGUCACAUUCACAUUCACAGCUUUAUUUUUCUGAUUUUUCUCACAAAGUAUGAUGUUUCCCAUCCUCUUCUCUUUUUUUAUUAUUUUUCCCAACCGUCCUCCCAAUCCCUGACACCCACAUAUCGCCCCUCCCUAAUCGAAUUAGGGAGGCCAAUAAAAGAGCUCUGUCAGCGUGCAGAGGACAUUGUUUUGUCAAAGAAGAGUCUUGUGAAAAAAUCAGACAUUGGAGAAGUGUACGAUUGGAACGAAGCGAAUGUAAUGGGAUAUAGUGAAAUCGUAAUAGACGAAGAUCCAGAUGAGCCUUUCUUUGGGACAAUAAAAAAGCCUCGAUCCAAAAAUUUAUAUUUUUACGGGAUUCUCGCGAAAGUGAUUGACGGCAAGGAGACAGUCAUCGCAAUGGACGAAGCUAGUAAAUAUUCUUUUUUUACUUGCCAAACUACUACUAUUUGGCACUUAAUCUCAAAUUAUCUAGCGCUAAUACCAGUGUUCUUGAGAUCUAAUUUGAUUUUUGUCGAUUCAGUAAUUACUUGCCCUACUACUGUUAGGUCAAGGAAUAAGU